ACAGAGUUUGAAAAUGCAGGUCGUGUCAUGCUUUGAAAAUAAUCAUUUUAUACUUGAAUUUGGUGGAAAAUGUCGGACCCUAAACGUGCUACUCUUAUAACAGUGGGUGCUCCUAAAAGUGCUAAGAAUAAUGUGAACAAAACAGUGAGAUUAACUAUAAAUUUGGUUGAAAGCAACGAAAGUAAAUAUCCGGAGCUGAAUUACAAGGAACUAGUCAUUGCAGAAGAGCGUAAGAAGAAAGUGGAAAAUGGUAAAACUACUGGUCUCGACCCAUUCUCCGAUAAUGAUGAUGAUGUCAAACAGGUUGCAAGGAAAUUUGAACAGAAAUAUGGCGGCAAGAGCACAUACGGUCGUACGGGGCGAACGAAACAGGACGAAUUCGCGGAUAUCGGCGCGGGAUACGACGAAAACGACUCUUUUAUCGACAACACUGAUGGCUACGAUGAGAUGAUCCCACCGGAGUGCGACACGUUCUACGGUGGUUUCUAUAUCAACAGCGGCUCGCUCGAGUUCAAGAGUGUACCAGAGAACCAGACACACUCCGAUGCAGACCCUAGAAGAAACAACAAGCGUCGUAUAUCGUCGAGCAGUAGCGAGGAAGAGUCAUCGGAGAGUUCAUCAGAGUCCAGUCAGGAUGAGAAGGACCCCAAGGCGGUCGCCAACGGCGUGAUCGACUCCCAUAAGACUGAACAUCGGAAAAAGAAAAACAAAAAGGUUGACAAGAAGAAAGCCAAGAAGAUCAGGAGGACCGAUUCUUCAGCGGCAACUUCUGGCAAACAAACAUCCGAUGACAAUGCUCACGGCGAUGGCGAGAGUGUGGACUCGCGGACCUCUCACUCUGACUCGCUCACUUCAAAGCCCGCGCCGAGUUCAGAGAACGCCGUCACGUCGGACAGUUCUAGGGAUGUGGAGCCGAAGAGUAGGGUCAAACUACCACCACCAGUUGCCCAAUUAAUUGAAGAAUUAGAAGCGGUGGUCAAGCGAUGCCUGACUGACAACCCCAAUGCUACUGCUAAGGAUCUCGAGCUUAAGACUGAACAUCAUAUAGCGAGACUGUCGCAAGCAUUAUCCUCGUACGGCGAAGAGACCGGCGUGAAGCGAACGGCAUGGGCAAGAGCCGCACGAUGUUUGCGUCUCUCUCGCGCCAAACUCGUUCAACGGGCUACACUCGUAACACUCGCCACACCCGUCACUUCCGCUACGUCCGUUACACCGGUAACACUCGUCGCGACGAACCCUCAACACCCAGAACCUACAACGACUGCCCCCCAACUGACCACAGCAGUGAAUAACAAACGUAAAGCUGAAGCAGACCACGAAGACAUCGACUACAGUCGUCUCACCCCCGAAGAGAGAGAAGAAAAGAUCGUUGACACAUUACAAAAAUUGAAAGCGCUAAUAGAAGAGCGGAAACCAGGAAUGAUUGGCAGCUACAAUGCAGAAUGUGAAAGGGUCCGCGAAGAGAGAAAGAAAAUCAAAAUCGCCUCCGCUACCGACGGCGCUCCGCACAUAGAAAAGCGUAUGCCCAAGCGUCGUUUCCCAUGGUGUCCGCGCUCUAGAGCGUUGCUUCAUACAUUGAGGGCGUUGGCGGGCCACGGCGAUGCGGCCGCCGCGCUUCUUAGCAAGCGGGCACUGCCGCUGUUCCCCGCGGGGUUUGUGAGAAUGCCCACACUGUUACGGCAAGCUGACCUCAGCAAAGAAAUUAAAGCAGCUUCGGAAACGAAACGCCAAAGGCUUGGCUCAGCAUCGCAACCUCCAGCUUCAUUCACCGAACCCAUUCAUUUCCCGAGCUCUCUCACAGUCACUGCUACCACUACAAACAGACCUACGGAUAAGCAAGAAGACGACAAAUAUAAGAGCCAAGUCUUCGGCACUAUCAUCAAUAGCUUCUCUCUCAGCAAAGACUUAAUAGUAGAAAAGCCAGAUGAUAGAAAAAAGGAAGAAAAGAGCAGAGAAGACUUGUACAUUCCCCCCAAUAAUAUUGGCAGCAUCACAAUCACACCCGUCCCCAACAGUAAAGAGAAAAAGUUAACUAACUCUGUGAUAACUUCCACCGAGAAGCAUCCUGAAGGCCUAAUCAGGGUCAAAUCCCCAGCAGCCUUAAACGAUAUGGUUAAAAAAGAUAAGGAAAAAAAUAAAAAGCCAGAAAAAAAUCAUGUCAAAGAGAAAAGGGUAGACCUACCUAUACAUGUGGAUACCACUUUACAAACCAACAAGAAAGAACCGAGUCCGCCCUCGUUUGACAAACCGAAAGAAAGCUUAAUCAGAGUGAAAUCUCCAGCAGCACUAAAUGAUAUGUGUAAAAAAGACAAGGACAAAAAUAAAAAGCCAGAGAAGACAAAUCACGUCAAAGACAAAAAGGUCGAGGUUCCUCUGCAUGUCGAUACCAGUUUUCCAUCGAGCAAGAAAGAACCUAGUCCGAAAAAUAAGGAAGAGAUCUCACAAAAGCAAAUCGAAAGUAUGAGGAUAGCCGAAAACAACAUUCCUAGACCUGCUUUAGUUCCUGUGCACCAUUCACCGACGUUUGCGAAACCAGACAAACGGCCACCAGAAGUGAAAAAGAAGAAAGACGUUGUAAUAGUGUCAGAUGUGGAUCCUCUAGGGGACAUUGUUCAGGCUGAACCAUAUGCUGUAGAUGAUAGCAGCAGCGAUGUCGAAGUAGUUGAAGACAAAAAUAUGGACAAAAGUGGACAAAAAUGUGAUAAGAGUGACUCAGUGCCUUCACAGUUAAAGGACAAAGUGAGUGUGACAGACGGACAGAAGAAAGUGAACAGUGUAAAACAUUGUAGUAAAGCAGCAAGUGUUGUGGCUGCUGUCAAGGAUGGCAAGAGUGAAAAACGGAGUGAUUCGUUAGACGAGCCUACUAAAGAAGAUAUUGAUAAUAUUAUGAGGAAUAUAAGAGAGAUGGAGCAUUCACAAGAGACAACCAAGCUGAAUAGCAGUUCUUACGGUGGAGUGAUAACUAGCGUGAAGCACGAGAAGUCUUCCAGCCAACCUCCGUUCAACGCAAGGAGCUCUAUUUUCGGAGAAACUCGUUCAGAUAAAGACAAGUUCACAGAACGAGCUUCUUUGAACAAAAUGGAUGGAUGUAGUGCCAUCACAGGUUGACCGCACUGUUUAUUAUGAAGAAUGAAGAUAUUAAUCAUGAGGUUGUUAUAUGAAUGAUAGAUUUAUUCCCGCAAAGACGGCCCUAAACUGGCGACACUGGCAUAGUGCAGGACUGCUGUCCGACCAUAGACAAAACGAAGGAGGUUAAACUUACAUUUUUUUUGUUUUAGGUAGACCAUAGAUCUAUUUUAAAACUGUAAAGAUAUUUUGGUUGUUAUAAAGGAUUUUAAUAAGCCUGUGCCAAUACCUUCCAUUUUUUCUUCCAAUGUUUAAAGUACUUUUUUUUUAUUUAAGUUUUUUCAAAGAACCGACACUUUUAGUAUCCGAAGUCUAUGGUCGCUCUGGUUUUGUAUAUUAUGUAUUUGUUAUAUUUUGUGUGUAAAGAAGAGUAUUACACUUGUGUCGCAUAAUAGCAUGAAACUUACAAUUAUAAUUUAUCUCUAGUCCUUGAAAAGUAUUUGUGAUAGAAAUUUUAAAUUUCUAAUAAAUAAUCAAUUCGUUGACAGUAGCCCUGCACUGGAUCAAAAACAUUGUUGUACACUGAUAAUGUUCUUUUAUAUUUAACUAUAGAUCUGUAUAGAACAUGCAUAUUUUGUAUAAAUAAUUAGUUAUAAAUACUUUCGUUUGACAACUAGCCCGCUGCUCCACUCAUAGUCCGUAUUUGUUUGCGAUAAUGUUUCAGAAAGUGGAGAUAAAAAAGAUAUUUUGUUUACUGGCAAUCAGUGAAAGAGAAAAUUUUAUACAAUCUUUUAACAUAUUUUAAUCCAUAAGUAUCUAAAACCCAGUAUUCGCAAGAACCAAAUCUGUAAAUGUAUUUUUAAAUGUUAACUUUUAUUUUAUUUUUAUAAUUAAAUCUAGGUAAAGUCGUUUUACACCUGAGAUUUCUGAUGUAGCUCAACUAUUGGCUGUCAUACUUAUGUGAUUUAUUAUUAGGCUCAUUGCAGACGGCAGAGUUUAUGCGUAGAUUGGAAAUCUGCAAAUACAAUCUCUUUUAUUCUUACUUUACUAUUAAGUUUUUAAAGCCGCUUUCGCUUGUAUAAAGCUUCACAAACUUUUUCUGAUAGUAACUUUGCCUUCUCAAUCUGGGUCCCACAAGUCUGUGGCCUGUAAUGGGCCUAAGCGAGAUUAUUCUUUUGUAUUAGUAAUUUUAAGGUUGAAUUUUCCUUGAACUGACAAAUCGACUGCAUUCAGAAAUAAUUGAAGCAAACGCUAUUAUUCGAACAAAAGAUGGCGUAUUCUAAAGGCGCUAAAGGACAUUGUUCAGCGUCCAUACAUAGUUAGCCUAAGAACCAACAAUCAUGAAAUAUUAUUUUCUAGGUUCAAAAUCGGAAGUAAAUGACUGUAAAAACAAAGAUUAUUGACGGACACUUCUGAGAACUUAAAUUAUUAGGAAAACUAAAAAUUUUUUUAGGUUAUGUUUAAUAUUCAAUGAAACAUAGUUCAACCUUUGAAUUUAGUAUGAACUCAGUAUGAAGUGAAUUAAUAUUACAACUAAUUCAUUUUAUUCGGUGCGAUUUUAAAGAAUAACUAUAAGGAAAAACUUGGUUAGGUAGGAAUCAUGAAUAAAAUAAAAACUGUAGUUUUGCUUCUUAUUUAAUGACUAUUUUUCACAUAAUUGUAUAUUGUUUAUUGUUUUUAUGUCUAUAUCACAUGUUUAUUGUUUAAAUAUGCAGCGUGAAUGUGUAUCAGGUGUUCUUGAAUAAUUUGGCAGUAUGAUUCUCUCAGGAUGUUAUGGCACAGGUUCACUAGCACUUGGUAAUAAGGGCUCUGCUCUUUGGUAACAUCGAUGGCACAUUAGAUAGCCGAAAUAGUUAAAUUAAAGGAAAAACAAUCGCAAAUAUACACACACAACAGGUAAUCCGAAACGAGAAUGCACUUUUAAACUACUCUUUGGAAUGCACGAAUGCCACAGAUUACUACAAAUGCAAAUUGCACGUACCACAACCACAGAUUAACGAUUUUUAUGCCGGCCCUUCACUUGACAACAGUUUGUCCUUGUCAUGCUUAAUAAGGAAUGAAAAAGACAGACUGAUGUCAUGAAAAUAGCAAAUACGAAUAGACAAGUGAAGUGCCGGCAUUAGGAAGAAAGAGUGUUUUGUUUGCAGCGAUGCCACAGAUUAUACACAUAAAAUGGUAUUUAUUGUCUCAGAUUAUUUUUUUUAUUUUUUUAUUUCGCUUACUUAACUGGAAGUGUCCGUCACAAUCUGAAUACUGAUAAUUAUCGCAAAAAAUAUACUAAGAAUUAUCAUAAAUGCCAAAUUGGUGUUGGUUCUUAGGCCAAUUUUAACAUUGUACUUUGUCAGUGCCAGUUAAAAGUCAAUCUACUUACAGCCUUAAGAGCGGACGCGAGCUUGAGACAGACAUUUGAGAAAUAGGUAUUUGAAAAAAACUAUUGCUAACAGUAGUCAACGCUGAAAAUUGCGUAAAAAAGUUGCAAAAUUCGAGGUUUGGCUCUCGACAAUUCCCUCCUAGAAAAUUAGUUUAGUUAUUCUAUGCCUCAAUGUUUUGCUUUUUUUAUAAAUGCUUAUUAGAUCACCACACUAGCCGUCAUUGGUGGUGAUGAAAAUUGUUUAUUUUUGGCCUUUUUGAGGGCUUCUAGUUUCUUUGAAACACAAGUUAUCGAAAAAGGAAAGACAUAUGUAGGAGCAUAGAAUGCGUAAAAUUAUAUUUUAUGUAUGAAAAUCAAUUCUUUAGUGAUAAAAAUCAAGGAGCAAUCAGUCGAGAACGUUUGUAUGGAGAAAUCAUUGCCCGCCUCCCCUCUUAAGUACUUUUAAGGCUUGAAAUUGGUGAAGUCUACAAUUUUACAAAUAAAUUCGGUUUAUGAAAUGAUAUUAUAAAUAUAAAAUAUUUAAGCAAACCACUUCCAUGUGUUAGGUAAUAAUUGCACUCAAACAAAUCGACUGACAUCCAAUACUAUUGUACUUUGUACAUAACGAGGGUUUCAAAUUCCAUCUUUUAAACAUUUUCUUUUUCAAAUUGACUAUUGAUUUACCUUAAUCUAAAAAAAUGUAGCUUUAAAAAAAUAAAUCCUCAGUGGGGUGCUAAGAGAAAAAAAUGUGACGAUUCAAAAGAGUUGUACUAUGCAUCCUACUUGAAUAAAGAAAGUUUGACGUAGUAUGCUGCGUUUUCCGAUAGAUGGCGUUAAUAAAACGCUUUUAAAUUUAAAAUUAACACAGUCGAGUAAAUUAAAAGCCUAUGAUCCAUAAUUAUGGUUUUGUGUGAAGGCUUUUCAGACAGCAAUGUCGAUCUUAAAUACUGCGAAUAAUUGAGAUUGUAUUAUCAUCGUGAAUCAUGAAAAUGAAUACCUAUUUUACGUAACAAAUUCAAAUAAUAGUAAAAAAAUAUGUAUAUUAUGAUGAAAAACUCAACCCUAUUACUUCAUAAUAAAUUUCAUUAUUUAUGUUUCAAAGUUGAUUGUAUAUCGAAACGUUAUUUUUGUAUUUAUAGAAUGAAUAAUCUUUUGAUGUAAUACAAAAACAAGAAAUAGCAUGUGAUGUUGUCUUGUCUCGCGAAUGAUUUGUUGCAAAACGUAAUUAAUAUAUUCAAUUUAAUCGUGGAGCAGUAAGUAUAUUUAUUUUUAAAGAGCCCUGUGAAAGAUGACUAUAGUAGUACAUAUAUAAUUAUGUCGAUACGGAGACUAUUUUGAUUUUUAAUACGGACUGUUGCGUUCGGCACGAGGACACACCGGAGAUGUUUUAAUACGAAAUUCCAAAUUAUUCCCAAUGUAAUAAUUAUGAAUAAAUAUUUAUAAUGAAUAGAAGAAACUAGUGAUUUUAAUUUUCCAUCUGAGGCACUGUUUGGGUUUCUUCACAAUGAGGCGUGUGAAUCCACACACACUUUGUAAGAUAGCUAAAAAAAUUUUUUUUAUCAACACAUUUGCUAAAAAAAGUAUUCAAAAGUUCAAAAUUACGCACCAUACAACAGUACCCCCUGCACGAACCAUUAUCGAAUUCGAUUAGUUUGCAAACCGAAAUGUCAAUAUCAAAUUUUGUAUGGAAACUUGAACAGCAGCGCCACUUUGGACGUAUCGGGAACUAAACAUCAGUACACAUUUGACAAUGAGAUUUCGGACUCGCAAACGUUACGAAUUCGAUUUUGGUUCAUGCUAGGGGUACAGUGCGCGGUAAAAAAAAUCGCACACCGGUAUGUGGCACCUUGCGUAUCCUAUAUGUUUUUUUUUUAAUUUGGAUUGAACCACUUUUGGUCUAUACAUUUGGCUAUCUUUAAUACUAAAAAAAAGAAAAAAGAACCGAAACAUGCAGUUCUCAUUUUCACCACUUGUACGUGGCGCCACGUGGAAAUACGCGCCAUAUUCGUCUUAGAAAAAAAUGCUUCAUUAUUUAAAAAAAUACUGUUUUCUCGCAAACGUGUUGAAAAACGUUGUUAUGAUAUUCGUGCGGUAUUGGUAUUUACUAACUCGUGACUAUGGAAAACAUUCGUCUACUCGUUUCUAAUAACCAACUUACCGCACUAAUAUCAUAAAUAACUAUUACUACUACUACUACAUAAAAAUAUGCACAUUUUAUUGUGGAGCGUAAUGCCUCAAUUACACUUGUUCGUUAUCCCGUACUCGGGUGCACGAAAAACAUACUCUAAUUCGGGCACCCGAAGUCAUAUUUGACGGCACUGCAUAAGGCCUUGCUUUUCAUUUGUCAUUAACAUAAUGAUAACUGUUCUGAGAUAAUAUUUCGCUUCUUAAAUAUUGAGAUCAAUAAAUGAAACUCCAGAAAGUCUUUAUGAAUAUUUUUUUUAUUAAUUUCACAAAAGUAUUCAUUAAAAGCCACAGUUGAAGGCUUUUAAGCUGUCAAAGCGAUGACCGUAUAUUUGUAUCGUAACGUUUGCCUCCCAUAAUUUUGCGUUCCAACAGUGAGCUAUAAACCUGGGAUUCGGAAGCUGUCUAAUAACUACAUUUAUAACGAUACUUUUAUAGAAAAUAUUGAUAUAUAGUUCAUCCGAAUAAAGGCAGUAGAAGCUUGCAUCUCGGCUCUGCGACUAAGGACGCCACGGCCUACGGUCGUGUGUGCACGCCGCUUUAAAUAUUCCAUUCAUAUUAUAUAUUUUAUUUUGUAUAAAUAAUGACUUUAUUUUUUUAUACUUACAUUAAAACGCGUGAAUAACACUAUGUUUACGUAUCAUAGAUUCAUAGAACAGCUCAGUGUAUUAUUGUUUAUACUGACAUAUUUAUAUAAAACGUGAAGCGACACUGAUUCUAGUAUUUUGAAAUAUAACAUUAAGCUAUUUGUGACUUCUAAAACUCCCUUAUUCUAUUUAGGAAAUAUGUGACCAUUGUCAGUGUUUCUAAAAUACAAAUUUGAAAUAAGCACAGUAACUUAUUGCUCUAAGUUUAAACUUCAGCACUAAACAACAGUGAAUCUUAUUAAUUAACCAACAAUGGUCACAUUACCCAUCAACAAAAUACAAUUAGUUACCUAUAUUUAGUUUUGAAGUGUUUCAUAUACAAAAAACACCUUACUGAUCUACCUUUCUUGACAAUGAUUACUUUUCACGUGGUUCCCAAUACUCUCUUACUUUACACCAUUUAAAUAUGAUUUAUACAAAACGUUCCAUACCAGAGCGCGGCACGGCGGCCAUUUUCUACUCGUCUUCACAAAAUGGCGGCCGUGUUACCGAAGCUUAGCACUAUUACAACUUUUAUUCUAAAAAGAUUAAUUGGAUUAUUUAAAUACAUAAAUAUAUAUAUUUAUAGAAAGCUCAACGUGUUUCUAACACCCUUGUUAUGAUGUGGUUAUGGAGAAAUAAAGACGAAUUUAUGAUUUAAUCCGUAGAUAUAGGUUUGAUAUUGCGAUGUCAAAGAAACUUUAGUCUUAGUCCGACAUAGCUUCUAUUUAAAGAAUCUAAAAAUAUGCUGGGAUCGACAUUGCAAUAUAACCAAAGUGAUUUUACAAAUUUGUCUUCCAAAGCUUACAAAUUACAACUAUAAAUAAUGUGGUGUGUCAUACAAAAAAUAUUAUUUUUCGCAAUCGAACUCUUCAUUUAUAUAUAAAUUACAAGCAUAAGCAAAAAUAAACUCUUUAUCUUUACUCAAUAAGGUUCUAAUACAAUAAUAUUACUUUAUGCUUCACUCGUUCUUGACGUGAUAUAGUUGAAUUACGAAUAAUCUUACCACUAGGUUCAUACCGUGCUCAAAACCUAUUCGCUCCAGCCAUUAUAGCAAAUACGUCCAAAGUAAAAUACCUAAGCAGUUACAAAAUAUUUAGAUUACAAAACGAACUUGCCAAAUUUCAUAAACAUUUCACUUAAUUCUUUGGAAGUUGUUUUAAUUCAAAUCACGCAUGCCAGUAAUUUAAUUUGUAACUUGAGAAUUUACAACUAGCCCUUUGAUAUAAGAAUCAAUACCCGAAAAGUAUCUGAAGAUUUUAUGGGUACCUACUUAUCUGGCAAAUUCGUUUUAUAUCUUGGUAUGACUGUGACAUAUAAUCUACCUACUGAUCAUUAAUCUGGCUGUACUCCGGACUAUGACAUUAUAGUCACUAUACUGACAUGCUGUCGCAUAUGAUAUCAGAGCGGCAGUGAAAAGGACGGAUGCUUUUCCAAUUAUUCAGCAGGCGAGACAUCAAAUCUCCAAAUUAUGGAAAAAUGUAACGCAUACAUUAAUCAAUAGUGAUGGAUUAUAAACAAAUUGUGUUUAUAUAUAAAAUUUUAAGAUCUUUAGAAUCAAAGUGCUCUUAAACAUUUAUGAGUUAUGCAUUAAUAACGCCAUCUGUGGUCAGAAAUGCGAAGCGUACUCUCCACCGCAAAACAUGUGACAGCAAGUCGAAUUCGCACUACAUGUCGCUACUUUUUAAACACAGCAUUUAUCUGUCCUUUGAUUUAUCUUACAUUAUUAAUACCGUAAGUUUACAUUUUUUUUUUAUAAAUAAUUAUUUACAAAAAACUUCCUCCGUAAUAUUUCCUCUUAAUCAUUAUCACUACCUACACAAUUUAGUCUAAUUUACACCGAUUUCAAACAUCAAUUUUAUAUUGUACUUACCGAGACCAAAUACUUCUGUUACGGAAAAAAAACACCUUAUCCUUAAAGUCAUAGCGUCAAAUUUACAAAAGCAACAUACCUACCUACUUCUAUGGACUAGGAUUUUAUUGGGUAACUUCGCUAAACAAUAAUAAUUAAAGGUGUCGUUAAUUUUGUUAUUAAGAUAAUGAAUGAUACAGUUUUUUUUAAAUAUUACUUUAUAAAAAAGAACAGCAAUCAGAAAUUGAUUAAUUUCAAUUAUUUAGUAAAGAUUAAGCAUGCCAUGCGUUCUAAUAGGCAACUGUUUGCAUUUAUAGAUGUCGCACAAUGGAAAGAAAUGUUCGUAGAUCUGAGGUUGACUGUACCGUGCAAUGUCGAUUACGUUCAAUAAGAUAAGAAAAGAAAAUUAAGGCAUCAUUUUGAUGAUAUGUCACUAUACUGAAGUGCACCCUCAUAUCAUCACUGGACACUUAAAUUAGACAUAUAAGCGACAUCUAGCGAGAGACUCGUGUUAAAUUGUUGUAAUAUAAAACAAUCUCCAUAUAUGGAAGUUAGACCUUUCAGCUGUUCUAUGGUUUAAUUCGAUAUCUGACUCUUACUAUAAUAAUAAAAAAGCUAACCACCCCUGUAUUUUUCAUAUACAUUUCUAACCACCAACUGUAUAUUAUAUAAUAUUUUAACUGUCACAACAAAAAGUCCAGUAAAAAAUUACCUAAUAAAUAUCAGCUAUAUAUGAUUAUUUUUAUACUUGAUGGAUUAUACAGUCAUCAACAUAUCGGGUUAGACAAAACUUUGAAAUUCCUGCUUUUAUAUCAAAUAAAGUUAGCAGGAAUUUGAUAUUUGUAUUAACCAGAUGUGAUGUGCACUUUAUUGUUAAGUGAUUAAGUUAAAAGCUGAAUUUGCUGUCGUAUGUUAUGUGAAUUUAAUUCAAAAUAAUGUUUGCUAUUCAAUGACUAUAACUUACAAUUAGUACAGAAUAAGGCCCAUUGUCUAACGGUGUAUUUCUUCUUUAAGUAACUAGAGGUAACUUCAAAGAACUGCUCAAGUAUCAUAGUUAUUUAUUUCGAUAGAUGGCGCUCAUAAAACACGGACAUGCAGCGCGAAACACAAAAUUUCAUGAUUCUGCAAUCCAUUUUAAACUUUGAAGCAAACCACUAAGAUUCAAAAUAAAAGGGUCAAUUUUGUCACUUCUGUAGUAGAUAAAGAGUGGCUGUGUCUAUACAAAUUUACACAGCUUUAGAAAGGCAUUCGAUAAUAUUAUUAAAAUCAGCAUGCCCAGAUAGAUUUCGUGACUAACUUGAAGAUGCUAUUUCAAAGAAAUUGAGAUUUUUUUUUUAAUCGGAUGACGUCAUUCAAAAAAGCAAUUUUCUGUGCGUAGUAGUAAAAUUACUUAUUGAGUCUUAUCCUUGCAGCAAACCAAUUGAUUACUAUUAUUAAUUUAAAUAGACUAGUUUAAAUAAUAAUAGUAUGUUUAAGAUGAAAAAAUACUGAAGAGAUUUACAUCUGAAUUGCAAAUACUCCAAUGCAAAUAUUUAUUAUUAAACUCAGGGUAAUCUUGGAUUAGCUGAUCCAUGUUUUGUCUGUUCGUUGAAUGACAAAUGGCAUUUGAGUGACAUGAAUUAAACACGGCGUAACUAGUCUGAGCUUAUUGCUUGUUUAUUAAUAAGGGGGUAUGUGUUUAGUUGUAGUAGCCAAUACCUACUAGACAAUGAACUUUAUUCAUGAAAAACUAAUGGAUAUGUUAAAUGCAGUCAUACUUGUAUAUUAAUGAAUAUAUACCAAUAGUUUUAUAAUAAAAUAUGGUUGAGAUGAGACUUCUAUAUGAUAUUCGAUAUUUAGUGAUUAGCAACUAAACUUUGGAAUUACCUACAUUUUACACCUUACAGUUACAAAUAUUAUUCAUACUUAACGUUCUUAUCCGAACAUCAAACUCGCUUCAAACAACAUCAAGUCAAAAGUUUAUAUCAAACGGAGUCACAAAUACGUUUUGCAACAUUAUUGUCUGCAACUCCCAUGGGAUCUCAUGUGAUCAAUAUUUUUUUAUAAUAAGUUAGUAAUAAGACGAGAUCAAAAUUUAUACUGACUGUCCUAAGCCAAAGACAUGCCUUAUGUGACCAUUCUCUUUUUUACAAAACGUGGACUAGUCUGACUUGGUUUAAACCUAAUGGCCGUUUAAACAUCAUGCUGGUACUAAACUUGGCUGUUCGUGUUUGCUGUUUGUGAACUUGUCAUCAGUCUGUCCUUCUCAUUCCUAAUGAAGCAUGAUAAAGACAGACUGUUUAGUUACAAAUAGCGAAUACGAAUAGCCAAGCGAAGUGCUAGCAUAAUACUUACCCUCAAUUUUUAGAAAACAAAAGCGAUAUUACCGGGUUUUAUUUCACUUUUUGUCAACGUUUUCAGGAUUGAGUUUUACCAAAGUCAGUAGGUAUUCGGUAUUUCAACAGAUAUAAUAAAUAUCUGUCCUUUAUUGUCUUAGCAACUGAGCUCUUCUAUUAUCAUGGAUGUGAUAGUCCUUUGCCUUUUUACAUAGUCAAUCAAUUAUUGUAUAUAAGUAUUUAUAAGAAAUACCAUCAGCAUUUUAAAUGUCAUUGGCUUAACAAAGUCAGUCAGCUAUUUUGUUUUUUACAUUUUAAAGUUGCGAGCAGUUGAAUGACAACUGCUAGUACUUGAAAUCCAAUCCUGGGAAUCUGCUUUUCUCAGUUUGUCGUAGAUCCAUUCAGUUUCCUUCUUACGUACAUUUCAAUUAAAUGGUGAUAUUUAUGGGACAUCUCCAGUGAUUAGAUCAGGUUUAGUCUUCGUAUCAGGGGAGUCCCGAUCGCCCCGAUGUUGGGGCUCUAGGGCUAAGUCCCUGCAGUCGGUCGCUGCUAGAGUUGUGUCGUGGUCGUAAGCAAAGGGCUGGCAAGCAGUCCCGGUGGUGUCUACCCUGGUAAAGAAUUAUUGCCAAUAAAAAACGGAAUAGAAAAGUUAUCGCAUAAAAUUUCAAGAAUUUAAAUGUGGCAGGCGAUUUAAAAAAAUAUCUUUGAAUGCAGUUCUACUUAUUAUUAAAAAUAAAAUGUUGUCUUCUUUCAGUAAAAUAACCUAGCUUUAAUAUACUUUCCAUCCUCACGUGGCAUGGCCGUGGGACAUCCUGUAUAUGGGUCUGGUAUAGUGUCAUUUUGAAUCCCCCGCCGAGCGUAAAGAGGUCCCCGCCGACUCAGGAGGUGCGAUGCGUCCGGCAGGACUUAGAUAAUUCGCGAUUAAAGUGAAUUACUAUACUAAAAGGAAUGUAGCUAAGAGCAGACACAUCUUC